CCUUAUCUUCCACCUAAAGAUCAUCUAAGAGUUUCUUUUCAAGCCUUCAAGCCAUUGAAGAAGAAGAAACCAUUCAAGGAAGCAUCAUUUCUACAAUGAGUGGAGCAUCAUUUCCUGCUAAUUUGCCAUCUAUGGUCUCUACUGUUCCGAUCCUCACUGGAACCAACUUCUCAGAAUGGAAAGAGAAAGUUGAGUUCACAUUAGGAGUACUAGAUAUGGAUUUGGCACUUCGUGAAGAAGAGCCAGAUCCCUUAACUAUAAUUAGUACUGAGGAAGAAAAGGCUCUCCAUAAAGCUUGGGAGAAAGCGAACAGAUUAAGCAUGAUGUUUUUAAAAAUGACCAUAGCUAGCAAUAUCAAAACUUCCCUUCCAGAUGCAGAUAAAGCUAUAGAUUAUCUAGCAGCUAUAGAAGAACGGUUUAAGACUGCAGACAAAUCCCUUGCAGGGAAACUUAUGGCAGAUCUUACAACCAUUAAGUAUGAUGGGACAAGGUCUAUGCAUGAACAUUGCAUUGAAAUGACCAACCUUGCGGCUAAACUAAAGAAUUUAGGAAUGAGUGUGGACGAUUCAUUUCUUGUCCAAUUUAUCCUAAAUUGAUAUCUGAAAGAUUGGUUUAUAUCAACUACUAAAUAAGUAACAAUGAAGUUGGUUUAGUAUUCUCAAAUUGAAACCGAACCAAACUAAUAUCAAUUCUAACCGAAUCCAAACCAAAUUUAAAAUGAAAAAAAAAAAAAACGAAAUGCCACUUUGAGUUUCUCUGCAAUUGGCCUCAUUAUUGUGAUGGGAAAAAAAAGUAUCUAACUUUGAGGUUAAUAUGAUCCUCUAGAGAACGUUUUCUAUCUUGGUCUCUUGGAUAUAUUAUUAUCAAUUUGGAGAGAGAACUUAACUUAUAACAAAAAACCAUUGACUUUAGAAGUUGACAAUGACGAUGUCAAAAAGAGAAUCUGAAAUAAAGUGUCUCUUCGUUCGUACCAACAAGGUACAGGGAAGCGUUGACAAAACUAAAAAGCAGAGCGAGAAGGCAAAUCUGCGAAUCUCCGCGUCCGUGGGAGUGAUCAAAGCUGAUGUGUUCAUCAUCCAUAUCUGAAUAUUCUCUAUAUUUUUUGUUUAUAGAAUGAAUCAUAUUGUCAUUAAAGUAUUAUAACUUCGGAUGAGUUCUACGUAUGGCUUUUCUUGAGAUGUUGGUGGCAUUAUCAUACUAAACAGUAAACACCAAAUGCAAUGCGGUUCAUCCUAGUCUGGCUCACAUCAGCCUUUAUGAAUUAUUGUGGUCUUGUAUAUUUAUAUACAUCUAAUAAAUUAUAUAUAUGGUUGUUUUCAGAGAUUAGAAAGAGAGUAAACGUUAAUUAGGUACCAUUUUUUUUGUUUCAUUCACUCAUUUACGCAUCAUGCUAUGCUACACACAUCAACAAGCUUGUACAAGACUAUAUCAUAGUCAACAACCCUCGCAAAACUAACAAAGUUAAUGGUUUUACAAAAGUAGCUAGCAUGCAAAGUCACCUGGAUAUUCCAAAUUAGUAUAACAUAGAUUUGGAUUAUGUAUAGCACAUGUUCGUUCGAAAUGGUUAAAUAUUAACAAGUAAUAAUUCAAAUAACAGAAAUUAACUAUUUCGGGAU